AUGGCAGCUUCCUCUGAGACUCGCAUUCCCAUUGGCCGUGCUCUCCCUGGUUACCAUGUCCACCUUGUAGAUGAUGACAUGCAGCCCGUACCUCUUGGGUGGCCUGGACAGAUUCUCGUCAGCGGUGCUGCAGUUGCCGCUGGAUACUUGAACAACGAGAGUCUCACGCGGGAAAAGUUCAUCAUCAACCGCAGCCCCUCCUCGUUGACAUCUAGAGGUUAUCUGACGGGGGACAUGGCACGAAUGCUUACUGAUGGAUCUCUCGUCUAUAUAGGCCGGAUAGAGUCCGAUUCUCAGAUUAAGCUGCGUGGAAUUCGAAUUGAGCUCAACGACAUUGCAGCAUCGAUUAUAAAGACCUCCGAUGGAGUGGUGGCCAACGCCGCAGUUGUUGUUCGAGAUGCCGAGCAGAACAGCUUCUUAGUUGCCUAUGUUGUCUUCUCGGCUAACAAAGCACCAUCGGAUCCUGCGCAGUAUCUUGAGCAACUUUUGCCCGAACUUCCACUGCCUGUCUAUAUGCGCCCAGCCCAGGGAAUCCCUCUAGACCGUCUACCCAUGAGUGCAAGUGGCAAGCUAGACCGAAAAGCCCUUUCAGCUCUAGAAUUACCAUCAAACCCCAUUCAUACACCUGCGUCCAAGAGCACUGUAGAUUCUCUAAGCCAGACAGAGCACCGGUUGAAAGGGGUCUGGGAUGAGGCGCUCGGCCACACAGGAAUUCCCAUUACGAAGCGAUCCAACUUCUUCGCCACAGGCGGAAACUCGCUGCUCUUGUUGAAGGUCCAGGCCGGUAUUUUACAAGAAUUUGGGCAGCGUAUUGCCCUGACGGAGUUGUUCCGGGCGAGCACGCUGGCUAGUCUUGCGACUACGAUCGAGUCUUCUAUAGGCACUACAGCAGAGGAUAUGACCGAUCAAGUCGCUUCAAGUAGCAGCUCUAUCAAUUGGCUGGUGGAAACCGAUGCUGGGGAUCUUUCUGAGUGGACCAAGCCUCAACAAAUGGCCAUAUUGACACGGAAUACAGCAUCUCUUACGGUCGUGGUCUCGGGCGCCACAGGUUUUCUCGGUCGUGCAAUUGUUAACCAGCUACAAGAAUUGGGUAACGUCAGUCAGAUUCAUUGCGUUGCAGUUAGAAACCUCGAAUCCGAUGCUGCACGACUCCUGGAGCAAUCAACCGACAAAGUGGUUUUGCAUGCCGGCGACCUGUCUUUACCGUUCCUUGGAAUGCUCGAAGAGGAGGCGCGGCUUCUUUUCUCCGAGGCCGACGUGAUAAUUCAUAACGGUGCAGAUGUAUCUUUCAUGAAACCAUAUGAAUCUUUACGAGCGCCCAAUCUAGGCUCGACGAAAGAAUUUGUUCGACUAGUCGCUCCCCGACAGGUCCCUUUCCACUUCGUCUCAACUGCUGGAGUUGGUCUGCUAGCUGGAAAAGAUGUGGUGGAAGAAUGCACAAUCUCGUCCACUGAUGCAGCAAGCAGCCUCUCUCAGGUUGACGGCUACAUCGCAUCCAAGUGGGCCAGCGAGACGUAUCUUGAGAAUGCCACACAUCGUACAGGCUUACCAGUUCAAAUCUACCGCCCAUCCAGCAUUACCGGCGACGGCGCGCCUGCCUUGGAUAUCUUGCAUAACGUGUUACAAUUCUCGCGGCAAAUGCGUGCUGUGCCAGAAAUGACUCGGUGGAGAGGACAUUUGGAUUUGGUGGAUGUCCACCUGGUUGCUCGAGGGCUGGUCCACCGUGCGAUAAUAGCUGAACCCGUGGAGGAAUCACGAAUAACUGUUUUACACCUGUCGGGUGAACAGGUGAUUCCAGUUGAAGAUGCUAAACAAUACCUCGAAAAGGAGACGGGCUAUCGGUUCCGCAUCUUGUCGAUUGAAGGAUGGGUUGUUGAGGCGGAAAGGCUUGGACUGCAUCCAUUGGUUGGCGCAUAUCUAAGGACGAUUGCAUCCAGGGAGGAGCCAAUCUAUUUCCCUAGGUUACAAACCAGUAUGAAGUGGUGA